GUUACUCUUAUCAAUGCCUCAGUCACGUCCUUUAACAUUCAAACAUGGCGUCAGAGUCGGAUAACUAACGAUGCUUUCCGAAAAUUAGAGUCACCUGUUCUGGUUUACCAACAACAACAAAAAUGCGUCACCGGAAUUGACCUUAGCUAGAGUGAGUUUGCUAGUUAGCUUCAGUGUUGUUAGCACCGGUUAGACAUGGCAGCGAACAUUCCCCCUCCCGCCGUUAUGAAGCUCAGCGGAGAUUGGAGCACAAACUGGGAUAUGUUUAGAGGUGAAUGGGAGGACUAUGCGCUAGGGAUUUCUGGAAAAGGAAGAUGAGGUAGUGGCUGCCACUUUGAGGACUAUAAUGGGAACUGAAUGCUGACACGUAUACAAACACAACCUGAACCUAACAGCAGCUCAGCAAGAGAAGAGAAGAGAAGAGAACGUGAGCCGGGUGCGCCAUUCUCCUUGCGGAGAUGUUGCAAAAUCCAUCAACACGGUCGGUCCCUGGGAUUGGGCUGGCCAACACGAUUUGUUUGCUUGGAAGGAAAAGGAUUUGGAGCCUUUAGGACGGGAAACUUUUGGAAGGACAAUCUUGAUGGGGAUUCUAAAGCUGACGGUGAAGGACGUGUUUUGCUUCCAAGGUAACUCGUUGGAGGGAGCAUACGACGUGGCACUAAAUACAGAGGAGAAACAUGAUGAUAUCCUGAGAAGGGCAAGAGCAGUGGGAGGUGAGAGGCCGAUGAGCCACUAUGAAAUAACAAGCCUGGCGAGGAACAACUUUAGGGUUGUAACUGUCAACAUUUACAACCCAUACGUUAAGGACGAAGAGGUGAGGGCCUUUCUGGGGAGAUACAUGGCUAACAUCUCCUCAGCAAGGCACCUCAAAGACUCCCUUGGGUUUUGGAAUGGGAGGAGAGGCUUCCAGGCCCUCCUCAGGGAGGACCCAAAGGGACGUGGUGGCUACCUCCAUCCUCCUGCUAUGUUCUCCCUAGGGGCUGACAGGGGGAUGUUGUUUUAUGCACGUCAGCCCCCAUUUUGCAGGCGCUGUAUGGCCUACGGCCACAUCUUCGCCUCGUGCAGCGCAAGAAAAUGCAGAUUUUGUGGAUCUGGGGAGCACGAGGCGAAGGAUUGUGACAAGCCUAAGGCGUGCCACGGGUGUGGCUCGUCAGCACACCUGUGGCGAGGGUGCCCGGCUCGUCAGAGGUCAUACGCGUCUGUGGGGGGAGCAGGAGCGGGUGAUGGGGGAAGAAGAGGAGGGGAAGGAAGCACGCCUCAUGACCAGAGUACAGGUCCAGAGGGGAAGGCCGCAAGGAAGGAGGAAGAGCAAGAAGUGGCGGAUGGAAGAGAGAAGGAAACGGAAGGCACAGGAGUAGGAGAACCAGGAAAAGCGGCGGAAGAAGGCAACCGAGUGGAGGAGCAUGAGAGAGAAGAAAGCGAGGGAGGAGUGGUGGAGAAGGAGACGGUGGAAGAGCAAGUGGAGUGGGGGAAAGUGCCCGGUGGAAGAGAUGAGGGUAUGGUGGAGGAGCUGGCGGGGGGAGGGUGGUAUCUCUCCACUGCCGCCAUCACCAAAGAAGAGAGUGAAGAGGAGGGUGCGAUUGGCCGACAGUGA